AUGAGUUCAAGAUAAGCAAGAAAACUUUUAAAAGAGUAGUAGGAAAAAAAAGUAUAAGAAGAAGCCAGUAAAGCUCUUUAAAAAAACGAAGAAGAAGACGAUGAUGAAGAAGAAGCUCCAAAAUAAAAAAAGGCUGGAUUCUUCGAUUUAAUGAGCGAUUCCAGUGAAGAAGAUAGUGAAGAUGAUGACAAUGAGAAAAGUGGAGAUGAAGAAGAAGAGGAAGAAACAGAAGAAGAAAAGGCAGAAAGAUUAAAAUUAGAGGAAGAAGAAAAAAGAAAGAAAGAAGAAGAAUAGAAAAGGAUAGAUGAAGAACUUGAAAAAAAACGCAAGUUAAAAGAGGAAAAAGCAAAUAAAAAAAAAAGUAAAUAGGAAAAUGAUGAAAUAGAAUUGGAUUAAAUUUUGAAAAGAGUUGAGGAAGAAGAAAAAAAAUAAAAUAUUCAAGAUGAAGAAUAAAAAUAGAAUGGAUAUUUUAAUAGAGUGAACGAGUUGGAAUUAGAAUCUACUCUUUAAAUUAUUAAAGCCAAGCUAAAUUACAAUAAAGAACUUUCAAAAUAUUUUAAAGGUGCCAAAUUAACUGAUAAUAAAAAGGUUGAUGAAAAUGAAGAAAUUUAAUAGUUAGGGCUUAGAAAUAAACGUUUAGCAAGAAUGUAUUUGAACUCAUAAAAGAAGAAAAUAAAAAGUAUUAAAUAAUUGAAUCUUGUUCAUGAUGACAAGCCUCGUUAGCCAAUGCCUGAAAAGUUUAUUUGCGAAUUUGUUGGAGAAAAUAAGCUAGGUCAAAGGUUAUAUACCUUCAAGCCUACUCCUAAAUAUGAGAGUCUUCAACAAGUUUAUUUGUCAGUCCAAAACUAAAUGGAUCCUUAGGCAGUUUUUGAUUUUGUUACUUAAAAUCCUUAUCAUGCAGAUGGUUUAUACAACUUAUUUGAAUUUUACAGAUUAUAAGGUAAGUUUAAGGAAGCAAAUGCUAUGCUUGAAUAAAUUUUGUAUAUCUAUGAAGAUUGCUUUGGAUUUGAGUUUUCUUAAAUCUUUGAUGACAAAAAAAAUAGAUUUUGUCUAUCUGUUGAAAAUAACAAGUAUGGAGCAACAUUCUUUGCAGCUUUAUUGAAGUUUGUAGAUUUAUUAGGUAAGAAAGGAUGCUAUAGAGCUGCCUUAGAAUAUAAUAAAGUUUUACUGAAAAUGAACCCUGAGAGUGAUCCUGCUGGUGCCUUACUUUGUCUUGAUUACAACUCUCUUAGUUGCAAAGCUUAUGAUUACUUAAUAUACUUUGCUAAAAACUUUGCUUAUGAGUUAUAUUAGAACCCUAAAUACUCAAUUUAAUACAUGCCAAACUUUAUUUAUUCCUGUGCUUUGGCUAAAUUCUCUAAAGUUAUGCUACCAGCUCUCUCUAAAAAUAAAUAAGAAGUUGAACCACCAGCGAUUGGUACUAUGAUAGAUUUCAAGGAAGAAGAUUUCGAUAAAGCAGUUGAUUUUAACAGAAAUCAUAUCGAUGAUAGUCAUAAUGUAUAGAUUUUAACAGCUAUUUUACUAUAUCCUAAAUUGAUGAAAAAUUUGUGUCUUGUCAAUGAAUUCCAUAAGGCUCCUCUUGGUCACUCCUUGCUCAAAGACUGGUAGAAAAAGAGCUUAAAAGAUAUUUUAGAACAUAAGUUAUUCAGCGAUGAAACUGCUUAACCAUAUUACUCAUUUUUAGGUUUACAAAACAAUUAAGACAUUGAAGGAUUAAACAAGCUUUUUGAAAUUUACGUUGAAAGAUCAAAAAUUGUUUGGAAAGAUAAUAAAAUUAUGCUUUGGAUUAAAGCCGCUACCGGAUUUGUUUUAAAUAUGUUUGAGAAAAAAUCUUUUGAUUAUGAUGAAUUCGUAUAAAAUUUAUGUUUGGGAUCAGAAAAAAAUAUUCUCCCAUUCAGUCUAAACCGCUAUAGAAUUCUACAAAAAGCUAACUUCAGUGACCACAUCGAAAGACUUGACUUAAAUAACAUUUAAGAUAACGUUAACAUGGAAGCUGCUAAUGAUCCUGUUUAAAACCCUAACUAUAAUCCUAUCAACACAAACUAAUCCUUCUUCUCACUCUUAGCCUAAAGUUUAUUGCCAUGGGUACAUUUACCUGGUUAGAAUAACAAUGAAAAUAACAACAAUAACAACAAUAAUGCAGAAAAUAUGAAUAUGCCUGAUCUUAACAAUUUAAAUGAAUAGUAAUUAAUGGAACUUAUGCAACAAGCUUAAUAUUUAGAUGAAGAAGAUGACGAUGAUGAUUAUGAAGACGAAGACUAAGCAAAUUGA